GAGCAGUUCGAGCCGUACCCUGCCUCCGAGCGCAGAACUACAUUUCCCAGCGGGCAGCGGGCUCGGGGUCCCUUUCCCUUGGCCUGGGCGUCCCGAGUCGCCACCGGCGCGAGCGCUGGUGAAUAAGCUUUCCAAAUGUCCAGCAAAGAAUCUUGUGGAAAAAAAGAGAAAUCUCAGAGAAAAGGCACCGCCCCAUCACCCAGUGUUGAUGAAGAAGUAAGAAUUCUGGAUAAGAAAGAGAAAAAAACCUCAGCAAAUUUUACUAGUUCAGCUUGUUCUGUAAUAUCGGUUUCAACAGAGAAGAGAAAACUGAAAUCAGAUCAUACAGAUAUUCUGUACUGUAAUAUAAAAAGAAGACACGAACUGAAAAGACUGAAUGUAGAAACUGACACUCCAAGAAAGAGACCAAAACUUAGUUCUUCAUCCCAAGGACUUGUUAAACUCCAAGAAACAUCAUACUCAAAUGAUAAUCAAAUUAUUUCUCAGAGUCCUUCUUCAAAUGGAACUAAAAAAGGUAUAAGUAAAUGUGUAGAUUUUAAAGUUAAAGAUACUAAAUUGACAAAUGUUAAGAGUGAGCUGGACCAUGGAAUUAAAAACUUUAGCAGUCCUAAGAUUGCCAAAGAUGUGAGACCUAAAGCUGAAGGCCAGGCAAGUGAAAAAAAAUGGCCUCAUUUACUUGCUCAGAGGGAGAAGAUGAAGGAACUCAAGAAAGAAAGGUACAAAAAAUUUAGAGACAGUUCUGAAAAAUAUGUUUUGGAGAAAUGCAAGAGAAUCCAAUUUUCUCAGGAUUAUAAGUCCAACAAGAUAAUUAAGGAACCCCUCGAAUCUAGAAGAAGAAAGAUCAAUUUCAAAAUCCUAGGAGAAUCCCGUGAAACCCUCCAGAAGCUUGUAGAAGAAAAUGUCUUCAGUUUAGAUUCUAACAAGUUAAAGACUAAGCAGGAGAAAAAAGAAUGCCUGGAAGGCUCCCAGGUUUCGUUAAAUUUGACAAGGCACAAAAGUGAACAUUUAUUUUCAGAUUCCACGUAUAAGCAGACUGUUCGUGAGUGGGAAGGAAAAUAUCAUGAGCAUCAAAGAAGUAAUGAUUCAAGUUCUAGUGAAAUCCUAACCCAGAAAUUGCUUGGGCAAAGGAAUGGAGACAUUUUUGAUUGUCAAGGUUGGGAGCGGAGUUUUGAAGCACCAUGUUCUUCAGUGUCACUUGAAAGUAUUCAAGAUACAGAUCAAGAGAUGCAGAUAGUAGAAGAGCUUCACGCUGCACGUAUGGGAAAAAGUGUGGAUUUACCUGUGGUUCCACCUUCUGGAGAGUUAACGAGUAUGGAGAUUGACUUGGUGGAAGAUGAUGUACAUUCCUCUUCUGCAAAUACUGCUUCAGACAAAAAGCUUUUAAUUGUUGUUGACACAAAUAUACUGAUGAAUCAUCUCAAAUUUGUUAGAAUUUUGAAGACAACAGAAAUCCAAGGCUUUGACAGGCUUGUGUUAAUAAUUCCCUGGGUUGUUGUGCAAGAGCUGGAUCGUAUGAAGGCAGGAAAAUUACUGAAACGUGCCAAGCACAAAGCUAUACCUGCAGUUCAUUUCAUCAGUGACAGUCUCAAAAAUCAAGAUAGAAAGCUAUGGGGUCAAUCAAUACAACUUGCAUCUCAAAAACUUUAUGGAUUGAGCGAUGAGAACAAUGAUGAUCGUGUAUUAAAAUGCUGUCUUCAGUACCAAGAAUUAUUCCCUUGUUCUCUUGUUAUUUUGUGCACGGAUGAUAGAAAUUUAAGAAACAAAGGCCUAAUAAGUGGUGUGAAGUCACUCAGUAAAGAAGAAUUGAGUGCAGAAUUAUUAAACUUAUCUCUGAACACAGUUGUAUGUCAUCAGCCUUGUAUAUCUAAACAACAAUUGAAAGCAGAAGCAACACCUUUAGAGAAGAGCUGUGAGGAGGAAUCUACAAACUCUGGACUAUGCGUUCUACUUGAAAGCAUUGUAUCUGAUCUCAAAAAAUCUCUUGGAACAGCUUUAUCUUCAAUAUUAGAAACAGAAAUGAAAAUUGCUUUUGGAAACCUUUGGAUGGAGGUGCUGUACUUGAAACCACCAUGGACUCUAAUACAUUUAUUACAGUGCUUUAGAAAACAUUGGUUGGCUGUAUUUGGAUUAGUUAUGGAAAAGAACUUGCUUUUAACUGUUGAGAGCCUAUAUGAAAAUCUCUCUAAAGCUAACAAUGCAGUGGAUUUUACAACAGUGAAAUUCCUGCUUCAGGAUUCUGAAAGUUUGCUACAUGCUUUCAGUACAAGGUCAAAUUAUGAUGGUAUUCUUCCACAGGCCUUUGCUCAAGUAAACAACCUACUCCAAACAUUUAUAGAGGUCAAGGCAAAACUUAAGCAAAAUCCUUCAAAAAAUGCAGCGGGUAAAAGGCAAGAAGAUAAUUCUUUGAUGAAAUCUAAUAACCAAGAAAUCACCGUUUUCUCAGGUUCUCAUCUUCCCCAACCCAACAGGCAUCAAGAGAUCUGGUCUAUCCUAGAGAAUGUUUGGAUUACAAUAUAUCAAAACAGCAUGGAUGUGUUUCAAAGAUUGGGCUCAAAUUCAGCUCUGAUGUCUUCAAAAAUAGCAUCAUUUGAAGAAGCAUUUGUAUAUCUUCAAAAGUUAAUGGAAGCUGUUAAGGAUAUUCUUGAAGGAAUUCAGAGGAUUUUGGCACCCAAUAGUAAUUAUCAAGAUGUUGAGACCCUCUAUAACUUCCUAAUCAAGUAUGAGGUAAAUAAAAAUGUCAAAUUUACUGCCCAGGAACUUUAUGAUUGUGUUUCACAGGCUGAGUAUCGGGAAAAGUUAGCCAUCGGAUGCCGCCAGCUGGUUGAGAUGGAACAUACCAUGCAACAGUGCAAUGCCUCCGUCUAUACGGAGGCCAAAAACAGGGGAUGGUGUGGAGACAUGCUCAACUAUAGAACCUAAGUGCUGAUUUUGUAACUUAGAAGGAACUGCAUCUGUCUUCAAGAACAACAGAGUAGCUUUCAACCUUUUGUGCCAAACCCGGGAGACUUGCAAGAAAUGUCUCAAAUGUCAAUGUCUCAUAGGCACAAAAAGAUGAUUGCCUAUUACCGACAGUCUCAUUGAGGUUCUAAUGCAUCCAUUGUGGGAUAAACUGUGAACUCAACUCGUCUGAGGUUGACUUUACUUCCCUACCUCUACUCCUAAUACUGAGCCAGUGUGUCUAAGGAAAGGAGAGCCAUCUUUUUGGUCAUCUUAGGGCAAGAGCCACUGCGGCAUCUGAGGAAGGCCCAGGACACAGUGUUAGCGUCUCUCUCAACAAUAAAUAUGGGUUUGUGACCAGAGACGUUUCCAAACCUCAAGAAAGAAUUAGGACAUGACCAUGCUCACCAUAUUCCACAAGAGAAAUCUUACCCUGGGCUGUUUUAUGAUCAAACUGUCUUCCAUGUAGACCUGGUGAAGUAAUACGUACGUAUCCCUUCCACAUCCCCCAAGGUAAGGGAAGUAGAAUUUUGACUUCAGCUCCAACUUGCUACAGUGGCCUCUUUUCUUCCCUGGCCUUGUCACUUUUCAGUGCAUUUCUCAUGGGAAAAACAGGGAGACCCCUCUGCUCAGUGUCCUCGUAAAUGUGAAACAGCAUGGAUUUAUCAGGUAGCAGUGGCUGAUGUUUGCCCCUGGCUAAACCAAGUGUUUAACUGACUUCUUAUUUAGUUAUACCAUAAGUUGGAAAUCCUUGUUUACUAAAGUAUAUUAUGCUUUUGUUAAUACAUUAGAUUAAAUCUAAUUUGGUAUUCUAUUAUAAAUGUUAAUUUAUUUUUUUAAAAAAGCAGUGAAUUAUUUUUAGUGAUUUUGCUUUUCAUUUUACUUCCAAAUUUUGUUUCUGAACUGCAUACAGGUAUGAUUAUAAAAGUGAACCUCCAAUGAAAGAGAACUAUGCAGGAUGCCCACUAGCAGGAAGAAGGAUCCGAUGAGCUUUGUUUGCUUAGAAAGCCACACCUCCUCCUGGGGCUCAAAGUGCCCUCAGGGGUAUGAGCCUGGGUAGGAGAAGCUGCCAGAGCAUCUCUGCUGUCUGCCUCUUUCCUUUUCCUCCCUGAGGAGCCAAGAAAGCAUCCCCUCCUCCUAUCAAAGAUUUCUUCAGACUUUUGUCCCUCUGCUGCUUCUAGUUGUUACUGAGUUUUGCUCUGCUCUGUUUUUGUUGCUGUUGUUGUUGUUUUGGUCGCAGCUUGCAGGAUCUUAGUUCCCUGACUAGGGAUUGAACGGUGGGCCACUGCAGUGAAAGCGCAGAGUCCUAACCACUGGACCUCCAGGGAACUCCCUGCUGUGCUUCAUUACCUCCCUUUUUCUCUCUUAUCUUUUUAGGAAAUUUCUUUUCACUCCUAUCAUCUGAAUACUUAUACGUAUUUCACCCUAUGCGUGUGGAUUUUAAUUUUAUCCUAAUCUAUGUGUCUUUCACUUUGUUAAUUUGUCAAUUUUCAACCUUUUUUAAAUAUUUAUUUUGAUACGUGAAAAUGUUUUUUAACUUUCUAGUCUUGUUUUUAUCUUUAGAAGACAUUCUUUAAAAUUUUUUUAGUGUUUGUUUCUUUGAAAUGUCAGGGUUUUUUUGGGUUUUUUCCUUCUUUUUGUUGCCUUCUUUUCUUAUCUUAAACUUUAAUUUAUACUUUUUUUCUAACAGUCCAGUGUGGGAGUUGAGGGAUCCCUUUCCUCCCAUCCCCUGCUCUUUCUUUUCUGGGUCUCGCCUCUGGAUUGGAGUAACUCAGUUGACAUAAGGAUCAUAAGCCCUACCUUGAUAAGUUUGUUUUCAUGGGAAAUGAUCAUAUCUUUAGAACUUCAGGUUUUAAAAUCUCCAUUCAGUAUACAUAGCUAUUAUAUUUUGGGCAGAAGCUUCAUAAGCAUGCCAUGAACCAGAAGGGACUGAUGGGAAAGGUCCCUUGAGGGCAAGGGCUCUCUACAUAAAGUCUUGCCUUAGUGAGGAGCUGGUGAUAACUUCCUGAGAAGCAUCCCUGAGGAUUAUGACAGCAAAGUUCCUGGAACCAUUUUACACUAGCCUUUUCCAGCUUACUUCCACGAGAUAGUCCAUUUCCUCCUGGAAAGGACCAGGGAGGGUCCUCUGGCUUGGCCAGGCCACAGCUCUUCCAGCAUUCUGAGCCAAAGAAAAGUUGGCUAAAGACUUAGAGUCUGUUGUGCCCUACUGGGUCCUCCUGUUAGGACCUGCAGUGGGCAGUUGGGACUGCACAGAUUGGAACUUCACAGAUGGAUUAAUUUCACUUUCCUAUCAUUGCCUUUGCCUGUCAUAUGAAAGACAGGGGACACAAGACAAACCUGAAACUUUAUUUCCUUGAUCUUUUAGCCAUCAUCUUAAAACAUAAAUCCUUUCACCCUUUCAGGGUUGAUCCACAAUUAUUUAGUGUCGUGGUCUCCCUUAAGAACCUAGCUCUCAUUGUUCAUACUCCUGAUGUGACAUCUCCCCAAGCCCACCUAUCUAUUGGAGCCUUUUAGCUCCCUACCGUGUGAGGUGGGAUGAAGUUACCUUUUUCUUCUUAGAGAGAAUAUACCUCACUAUUGAAUAAUGAAAUGCAUCUUCCACUUAGGAAGUGCUGCCACCCAUACUCCUUUUCUGAUUUAGAUUGGACUGACAGUCCAGUCUCCCUCCCAGUUGGUGGCUCUUUAAGCCAUUUUGCCAACAAACAAACAACAGAAAACCCCACUCCAGUGAAAAUAAGCAACUCCAUGAGCUUAAGCAGAAUUUACAGCUAUGAACCUAGAAGGUAAGGUAAUAUAAGACACUCAAAUCUCAGCUACCAACAUGGCUCAGUGUUUCUAACUACAAACCAAAUUCAAUAUCCUAGCCUUCACAACUCUAUUGUAGACUAGUGGUUAUCGGCUGAACUACAAUAACUCAGUACAUAACCCUUGCAUGGCCAGUGGGGAUGAACGGUUCCCUGAUGUGAUUUCUAGUCAGGUAAAAUAUUGACAUGUCCUAGACUUUUUUAAAAAGGCUUUUCCUUUAAAGGUUUGGUUAAGCUAGAAAGACAAAACUUUUUCAGGUGUAAAACUGUAGUUUUGAGUUUUGUCAAACACAAUCCCAUAAUCACCAGCACACUCAAGUAAUGAGUUCCAUUGCCCCUCGAAAUUCCCUUGUCCCCCUUUGUAGGCAACUCCCAUCCCCAUCUCAGAAAGCCGUUGAUGUGUCUGCUAGCCAUGUAGCUCUCUUUCCCAGAAUGCUACACAAAUGGAGGCUUUUGAAGCCGGCUUUUCACUUAGCGUGAUGCUUCUGAGGACCCAUCCGUGUUGUUUCAUCAAUAAGUACUUCGCUUUUUAUUGCUGAGUAGUAUUCCAUUGUACUGUUGUACC